AAGUGUCCGGACUGGAAGGGGGGGGAAAGUGUCCAGACUGGAAGGGGGGUGAAAGUGUCCGGACUGGAAGGGGGUGAAAGUGUCCAGGACUGGAAGGGGGGAAAGUGUCCGGACUGGAAGGGGGUGAAAGUGUCCAGACUGGAAGGGGGGGUGAAAGUGUCCGGAAUCGAAGGGGGGAAAGUGUCCGGACUGGAAGGGGGUGAAAGUGUCCGGACU